AUGUCCGGUGGGUUCGGCAACAGCAGCUCGAACAUUUUGAGUGAAGACUCAAACUCCCAGCAUCUACGGUCUUCCAAUAUUCAAUCUCAAUCGCAGGCCACCUUCCUCAGUUCUUCAAAACAAAAUGAACCCAAGCCUACAAGACCAGAUGAAAUGGAUACGGAUGAGCCUCCUCAGCAGGUUCUUAGAAGAAGGCGUGACUUGAGUUCUAUUCCUAAAGUGGCCGACCUAACCGCAGAAAAGGUUAGGGAAGCCUUUGAGCAGUUUUUAGAAGAGUAUGAGGAACCUGUUAACGCCGAAAACAUCACAGCUGAUGCAGAUACGACUGAGGCAAAUCGUAAGGUUUACCUUCAUCAGAUCUCUGCGAUGGCUUUGUACGAUUUGUCCACUAUAUAUGUGGACUUUCAGCAGUUGCUCACCAGAGAGAAUGGUAUCUUAGCUAGUGCAAUUACAGAACAGUACUAUCGUUUCAUUCCUUAUCUAGGAGAAGGGCUUAGGCAUGUGAUUAAAAGGCAUGAACCUGCCCUCUUACGGCGGUCUGCUCGUGUGGCUGAUGAUGAUAUCAAUGCUGCCUCGUCUACAGUGCGUAUCUUUCAAAUUUCGUUUUACAACAUGCCAUCUACUCACAGAUUGCGUGAACUUAGAGCCGAGAAAAUAGGUACUCUCAUGUCAAUAUCUGGUACUGUCACUCGUACUAGUGAGGUGAGACCAGAAUUAUACAAGGGCGCCUUCACCUGUGAUGUUUGUAAAACACUUGUCGAAAAUGUUGAACAGACGUUCAAAUAUACCGAGCCAACUUCUUGCCCUAAUCCGAAUUGCGACAAUCAAGGUUUCUGGACGUUGAACGUUCCUAAGUCUGUGUUUCUUGACUGGCAGAAGGUUAGGAUUCAGGAAAACUCCGGAGAGAUUCCUACGGGCUCUAUGCCCCGUACGUUAGAUGUCAUUCUUCGGGGUGACCUUGUCGAUAGAGCAAAGCCUGGUGAUAGGUGUCGUUUUACAGGAACAGAAAUAGUCGUUCCAGAUGUCUCUCAGCUCGGGCUCCCUGGAGUUAAGCCGGCCAGUGUUCGUUCUAGAGGCUUUGCAGCUGCUGCCGAUUCUCUUAACCCCGGUAUUACUGGAUUACGUUCUCUUGGCGCUCGUGAUCUUUCCUAUAGGAUCUCAUUCUUUGGUUGUCAUGUCUGUUCUCUCACUGGUGCCAGUAACGGUGAUGAUCCUGGCAUUAUGGGCAACGCUGGCGAGGAAGCCGGAAAAUCCGGAAUGCCGAUCACCAGAGAAGAGAGUGAGCGUGAGCAGGAAGCAUUUUUGAAUACUUUAACUGAACAGGAGGUUAAUGAAUUAAAGGAAAUGGUUGGUGAUGAUCGUAUUUACACAAAGCUUGUUCGUUCCAUCGCUCCGUCGAUUUAUGGCCAUGAGCUUAUCAAAAAGGGACUGCUUCUACAGCAGUUGAGUGGUGUUCAUAAAAAGACUGUUGAAGGAAUCGAUCUAAGAGGUGACAUCAAUGUUUGCAUUGUUGGUGAUCCUUCUACGGCCAAGUCUCAAUUCCUCAAAUGGGUCAACUCGUUCGCCCCUAGGGCAGUUUAUACAUCUGGUAAGGCAUCUACUGCUGCUGGUCUUACUGCUUCUGUGGUAAAAGAUGAAGAAUCUGGAGAGUUCACCAUCGAGGCUGGUGCUCUUAUGCUUGCCGAUAAUGGUAUCUGUUGUAUUGACGAGUUCGAUAAGAUGGAUAUAUCUGAUCAGGUGGCCAUUCACGAAGCUAUGGAACAACAGACUAUUUCUAUAGCCAAAGCUGGUAUUCAUGCUACUCUCAAUGCCAGAACAUCUAUAUUGGCUGCCGCUAAUCCUGUUGGAGGAAGGUACAAUCCCAAGCAUGGCCUCAAAAGUAACUUGAAUCUGAGCGCACCUAUUAUGUCGAGAUUUGAUCUUUUCUUUGUCGUUUUGGAUGAGUGUAACGAAAAGAUUGACACACAGUUAGCUAAUCACAUUGUUAACUUGCAUAUGCUUAAGGAUGAUGCUAUAGAGCCACCAUUCACCAAGGAGCAGUUACUAAGAUAUAUUAGAUAUGCAAAGACCUUCAAACCUAAGAUGACAAAGGAAGCAAGAGACUACCUUGUGGAAAAAUACAAGGAACUUCGUGCUGCUGAUUCCCAGGGAUUUGGUAGAAGCAGCUAUAGAAUCAGUGUGAGACAAUUGGAGUCUAUGAUUCGUCUUUCUGAGGCUAUUGCCAGAGCCAACUGCACUGAGGAGAUCACUCCCCGAUUUGUGGCUGAAGCUUACGAUCUUCUACGGCAAUCGAUCAUUCGAGUUGAAAAAGAUGAUGUGGAGAUUGAAGAUGGUGAAGAUGAUGAAGAAGAGGGUGCUGAGGGCGGAGAUAAAAGUCCUCAUGGUGGUGAUGAUGAUGAUGAUGAUGAAGACGACGAUAAAAAUGUUGAAGGGAAGGAAGAUAAGUCAUCUAUCCCCAAGGUUUCGCAGCCAAGGGAGAAGAAAAACCUUAUUCCAUACGACAAGUACGUUAAAAUGAUGAACAUGUUUGUUCGGAGGAUCAGUGAAAAAGAACGUGAAGCAGAAUCUACUUCGGAUGAACCUCAGGGUUAUAAUGCCGGCCAAUUGGUUGAUUGGUAUUUGAUUCAGAUGGAAGGAGAGAUCAAUAAUGAGAGGCAAUACUACACCGAACGAAAAACUGCCUAUAAAGUGUUAAACCGUCUUGUUAAGGAUCGUGUUUUGAUGAAAGUGAGUCCCGAAUCCCUUGAGAGCAUCGAUGAGGAAAGCGGGAUACCACCUGAACUCAGAGAUAGAAAAGAGUUAUCAAGUUUGGAGCGAGAACAACUACAAUUUCAACGUGAAGAGUGGCUAAAGAAAAGAGCUGACGAAAAGCAUAGGCAGAUGAUAUACAUUCUUCAUCCAAAUUGUGCCAUUGUGGAUUUAAUGGAUCAGGCAAGGGAUGAUGAGAGUGGAAUUGUUACUGCAGGUGAUGAAGAAGUGGAAGAACAGGAUGACGCUCUCAGGAGUGGUACGCAGGAGAAUAUUGUUAAUGAGGAAAGCACCCAGGCUGAUUAG